CUCAAGUCUGGCCGUGCCAACACCACCAUAAUACCCGAGAAGACUGUAGGCGGUGAUUACGUGGACGCUAUCGGUUCGCCCUCUGUUAUGAUGAGCCAGGCCCUCAAUCGACCCUUCUUCAUUCCCGGUGUCGUCGGUCAGGAGUGGAGUCCCGCGGCAACUCCGCUGUCCACUUGUCUCAUACCGCCCUUUAACGGCUCGAAUGAAAUCGGCCGGCCCUCCGGUUCAAGUGCUCUCCAGUUCGCCUCCCCGACUAGCCUUAUCGCAACUUCAGCGGCUUCCUUGCCCUCCAUGUCACCAAUACCCUUUGCCGGCUUCUCUAGUUAUAUGCCGUUUCAGGGUGGUGUCCGGAACACCGAACCGGCGGUUGUGAAUACGGAGCAACGAGUUUCGAUGGCCUUUACCGCUCCAUCUGUCAGACAGCCGCUUUCGUCAGUAGAAACGGUUCAGAAUGAAAUCCAGCUUACCCAUUCUUGCUUCCUUGUCGCCGUAUGGCCAUCUGUGAGGGCCUCGGCCUGGACCCAAAAGCGAGGCAUAACGCCCGUAUUCCGUUCCGCAAUUAAGAUGUGUCGACAAGCGCAACUCUUGCACGAUGGCCUUACAAAUGACGGUUGA